UCAAGCGGUGACAACAUAUUAGCCAAGAUUACGUUUUACUACGUCUCAAUUCGGGGGGGAUCAGUAUUUGACAAUGGCUGGGGAAAUGUCUAUGAUCGGAUCGGUCAUUCUGGCUCUUUUUCUAGCUGGCUAUCUGGGCCAACAUUAUCUGCCUCCACCGAAACCAAAAGUAAUCGGCCUAGAUCUGGGGACCACUUUCUGCUCAGUGGGAGUAUUCCACCCGGGUACCGGGGAUGUGGAGGUGAUAAGGGAUGAGGAGGGGCGGAAGAGCAUCCCUAGUGCGGUGUCGUUCACCCCUACCGAAGUUCUCGCCGGUUACGAGGGUCAAGAUCUGGCCGACAACAAUCCUCAAAACACCAUCUAUGAUGCCAAGCGGUUUAUUGGAAAGAUAUUCGAACAAGAUCUCCUUGAGCAGGAAAGUGCUCGCUAUCCAUUCAAGGUGAUAAAUAACAAUGGCAGUGCAGAGUUCUUGGUCACCACCAACCAGACGUUAACAGUUACUCCCGAGUUCAUUGGUUCUCGGCUGCUGCUGAAGAUGAGGAAGAUGGCGGAGCAUCACCUGGGUGUCACCAUCAAGAGGGCUGUGAUCUCUGUCCCUGCUGAGUUUGAUGAUAGACAGAGGAACUACACCAUCAGGGCUGCCAACCUGGCCGGACUGGACAUCUUGCGUGUGAUCAACGAGCCCACAGCUGCAGCGAUGGCGUAUGGGUUACACAAGGUGGACGUGUUCAACGUCCUGGUGGUAGACCUGGGAGGAGGAACGCUGGACGUCUCUCUGCUCAAUAAACAAGGGGGCAUGUUCCUCACCAGAGCCAUGGCAGGUAACAACAAGCUGGGGGGGCAGGACUUCAGCCAGAGGCUGCUCCAGUACACCAUGGAGAGGGUUCGCCAGCAGUACGGCGUUCCCCCCACCCUCAAAGAGGACAUCCACCGCCUCCGCCAGGCCGUGGAGAUUGCCAAACUCAACCUCACCCUGCAGCUCAGUGCCCACCUCAGUGUACCCCUGCACCUGGAGCCCCAAGGGGACCCCAAGAAACCACCACAGGGGCCCGCCAAGGACCCAAUCCCAGUCAUCUUCCAAGCAGUCAUCAGCCGUGAGCUGUUUGAAGAGUUGAACGACGACCUCUUUCAGAAGGUUCUGGCACCUGUAGAGACAGUGCUGGCUGAAGGCCACCUGGGGAAGGAGGAGGUGGAUGAGAUAGUUCUGGUAGGAGGCUCCACCCGCAUCCCUAGGAUCAGGAAGCUGAUCAGUGAAUACUUUGGGAAGGAGCCCAACACCUCAGUGGACCCAGACUUGGCAGUGGUGACCGGGGUGGCCAUCCAGGCUGGCAUCAUGGGGGGUUCCUGGCCUCUACAGGUCAGCGCUAUAGAGGUCCCCAACAGGCACCUCCGCAAGACCAACUUCAAUUGAUCUAGUCUAGAGAGGUGGCAAUGGACAUAAGGAUGCCACCAGACAGAGACUUGCCAUUUAAAGGAUGGUCUGCAUUUUAACUGUUAAUUGUCCUUCUCCAUAUUCACCACGUGUGCAAUAGUCCUAUGAGGUUAAAAUAUGAUCUUCAGCUCUAAUAAUAGAUACUGGAAUAUAUUUUCACAGAGAAACUCAAAUUACACCAUCACUUGUUUACUGCUGGCCCAAUUUAUUGGACCAACUGUGGUAGAUUGAAAUGGUAUUCAAUUCAGGGAACAACCUUUAUUUCUACAGAACUGUGACCAGCCAAUACACCUUCAGCUAUU